AUGGUCAGUCGUUCGGGGUUGAGAUUUAGCGGAUUUGAUGUGAAGGCACUAUAUCCUCAUGGCGUUCCAAAGCGAACGUUUCCCUAUCGGGAGGCACCCAAACAGAUUUCUACUGCACCCACUGCCGGUGGGUUUUACCUGACUAAGCAUGCCCUUGGAUGGCCUUUUCAAAUUCCUUUUGAGUGGCUUUUCUACCGAGCACCAAUUUUUACCUUUGUGGCGUGUGUCGUGUAUGAUCUCUUCUUUGGGAUUCCCCUUCCGUUGAUGAAGGAGGUACCUCCUGGCACCCCAAAGCAUUUCUUCUACAACAACUCGGGUGGAACACCACAUCACUUUUGGCAGCAUCAGGAAGGAUGGAAGGUACCAAACAUGUCUGGCGCGCGGCGAUGGGUUGACUGA